AUGGUGCUCCGCCGCGCUCCUCCCAGCGAGGAUGAGGGGUCGUCUUUCUCGUCUACAUCCACCAUGGACUCUGACUACGAGAUUCCUGUUGCGCUGCAGCGACUGCAUGUGUGGAGCAACGAGCGCGUAUCUACCAAGGUCUCACAGGCACUCAAUACUAUGAAUACAAUUCGCGAAAGUGAGUCAAUGCGCUUCAGCAUGGUUACAGCCAACAAGUGGAAGAAAAUGGGCUAUCAUCCUUACAAACCUGACGCGUCAGGUUACACAGCCCUCCACCGCGCUGCCAAACGCGGCGACGAGGCUGUCGUGGCCUCACUACUCGCCAUGUAUGACGGUAAAGCGAUUGACUUGGCAUCCAUCCAGUCCUACAAGCAGCAGCAGAUUGCGCUGCAUAUUGCAGCUAAGUACGGAAACCUCGAGGCCGCGCGACUGCUGGCCGAGCCAGAAUUCCGAGAACUCGUCAACAUGCCAGAUCGCAAUGGCAACACACCACUACACUUUGCCGCCACAUGUUCAGCACCGUCAGCGUCGGAUGUAGUGGCGCUACUACUGCUGCGAGGUGCGGACCCGACUAUUAAGAGCAAGCGAGACGUCUUCCCGAUUAUCGCCCACGUUCUCACAGCACAGGACGAUGACCCGGAGAUUGUACAGUUACUGAUGAAGAGCGGCAGCGACCCAAACACUAUCGACGGGACUGGCAAUACUGUGCUGCAUAUUGCUGUGUCACAGGGACUGUGGAAGGUCGCAGCGGCUCUCGUAAGAGAGCACGCGGGCAUGACCAUCCGUAAUAACCAAGGUGUGAUGGUUCUAGAUAUUCUAUCGCCGCCACAACUGGCAUGGCUGGCCAAGUUUAUCAUACACCCACCAGAGUGGGUACCCUACGAAACUCAACGCUCGUGUAUGGUGUGCUCACGUAAGUUCGGACUUCUGGUUCGGCGCCACCACUGCCGACUAUGCGGGCGCAUUUGCUGCGGUCCGUGCUCCAAGUACAAGCGUCGUCUCCCCUUUACAGAUAUGUCCAUCAAGCCGACAAGUAAGGGGCGCGACCAGAUGAUGAAGGUCUGCAGUACUUGCAUUACCGUCCGUGAACGACGCUGUUAUCGACUAUGA